GUCCUACAACAGUGUUAAGAUGACUAAAGUAGAAUGUGAACACGAUUCGCGGAUAGAAAAGAAUCGCUAAUAUGUCGGACCCUACCAUCGCCAAGCUUCCGGUGGUUAGGGACCCACGAUGCGGCGCAUCAAUGGAUAAAGGCGGCUAAAUAGGGAUAAAUGUAACAUCCCACCCAUUCCGCCGAUGAGCACCAAGACCCCAUCGCCAAGCAACGUCAAGUAUAAAGGACUAAGCUGGCAUCCUGUAUCUGCAAUUGUCAGCCUCGGGACUGCAAGUUGUCCAAUUGCCGGAUUGUAACCACUUUUACACUCUUCCCAGUAGCAAAUGGACUCGAUAUACACCACCAAGAUCAAGCAUCGUGAACAGUACAUACCCCACAGUCUUCCAAAUUUCAUCUCCCUCCAACACCCUCCCACUCCCGCGCCAAGAUGUCUCCCCCUCUAAUAACCCACCUCUAUACCGCCGACCCCUCAGCCCACGUCUUCAACAACCGGGUGUAUGUCUACCCGUCCCAUGAUCGCGAGACGGACAUCGCCUUCAACGACAACGGCGACCAGUACGACAUGGCCGACUACCACGUCUUCAGUAUGUCGUCGCUCGACGCGCCCUACACCGACGUCGUGGAUCACGGCGUCGUCCUACGCACCGAGGACGUGCCCUGGGUCGGCAAGCAGCUCUGGGCCCCGGACGCCGCCGCCAAGAACGGGAAAUACUACUUGUAUUUUCCAGCUCGCGACAAGGCGGGCGUGUUUCGCAUCGGUGUCGCUGUGGGGGAUCAGCCCGAGGGCCCUUUUAAGCCGGAUCCGGAGCCGAUUAAGGGGAGUUUUAGUAUUGACCCGGCGAGUUUCGUGGAUGAGGCGGAUGGGCAGGCGUACUUAUAUUUCGGGGGGUUGUGGGGUGGGCAGCUGCAGUGCUAUCAAGGAGGGUACGACAGGUUUGAUGAGAAAUGGCUGGGACCCCAGGAGCCGGCGGGAGUGGGAAAGAAGGCCUUAUUUCCCAAGGUGGCCAAACUAUCCGAUGAAAUGCGCAGUUUUGACGGAGAGGUACAGGAUCUGGUUAUCCUGGCGCCUGAGACGGGCGAGCCUAUCAAUGCGGACGACCAUGACCGCCGCUUUUUUGAGGCGGCGUGGAUGCACAAGAAGGAUGGGCUGUAUUAUUUCAGCUACUCGACGGGAGACUCGCAUUACCUGGUUUAUGCGACGUCAACGAGUCCGUCAGGGCCGUUCACUUAUGCUGGGAGGAUUUUGGAGCCUGUUCUUGGAUGGACGACGCACCACUCCAUUGUUGAAUUUCAAGGCAGAUGGUUCCUGUUCCACCAUGAUUGUGAGUUGAGCAAAGGAGUGGACCAUCUUCGGUGCAUCAAGGUCAAGGAAAUCUUUUAUGACAAGGAGGGCAAGAUAAUGAUCGAGAAGCCCGAAUGAGUGAUUCAACGACCGACCAUAUUAUUGAACCUGUUGAUGCAGUAUACAGAUACA